AUGGGAAAGAUCAAGUCGGCAGCCGAGGGCGACAAGCCCAAGACGAAGCGCGAGCCGUCUCGGAGGGAGUCUUCAUCGCCAUCGCCUUCCGAUUCCGACUAUUCGUCCGACUCGUCUGAUGACACGGUCGAAGACGAGGACGGCGAGGAGCUGACGCCCGCAAUGGAUGCCGCGAUCCUCCGUACUCUCGCCAAGAUCCGCAAAAAGGACGGCGUGUACGGCACGGACAAGAUCCUCGAAACUGAGCUGGCGACGGCUCAAGCCGCAGCUGGCGAGCGGGGUCUAGGCGCACGUGCAGCACAAAAGGCCGAGAAGCCGUUCCUGCUCAAGGACUUGCACCGGCAGAACUUGCUUGACGGCGUCGAUUCCGAUAACGAGGACGAAGAGCAACUCACCAAUGUUCAGAUGUCGCGGCGGGCCGCUGCCGAUGCACGCGCAGCCUUUGCUGCGUUCGGUGACGACUCGGAUGACGAAGAGGUCCUCAUCAAGCGCGAGAAGGGUGACGGCGAGGACGAGACCGAAGAUGCGGCGUACCGCCAGUUCCUGCUCGAGAUGGGCGGUGGCGAGGCUGAGGUGCGCGCGGCGCUCGGGAUGGCGGAUGCGCCAACGACCGACUUUCGCGAGUACGAGGAGGAGACGCCCAAGAAGAUGAAGAAGGAGAAGGAGAUGAGCGAGGAGAAGCGGGCCAAGCGUGAGGCCAAGCGUCAAGCCAAGCGCGGAAAGGCGGACGAGGACUUCCUCAUGGACUAUAUCCUGAACCGCGGAUGGAUCGACAAGGAGAAGAAGGCGGUGCCGACGUACGAGGACAUUGUUGGUCGCGAGCGUGGUGACGAUUCCGAGGACGACGACGAGGACACGCCGUGGGGCAAGAUUGACGAGGAGGAGGAGUUUGACGACAAAGCGGACGAGUUUGAGACCGAGUACAACUUCCGUUUUGAGGAGCCAGGCGCUGCGACGAUUGUUACCCACCCGCGUCAGAUUGACUCGGCGGUGCGUCGCGGCGACGAUAGCCGCAAGCUCAAGCGUCAGGCGCGGGAGGAGCGCAAGGCGGCCGAAAAGGCCGCAAGAGAAGAGGAGGUGCGGAGGAAGCAGGACGCGAAGCGGCGCGAGAUGGAGUCGCAGCUCGCGGCGCUUAAGAGGGAACUCGGGGACAACGUCGAUCUCACUGGCCUCGAGAAGGUGCUCGAGGGCGAUUGGGAUGAGGCCGAGUGGGAUCGGGUCGUUGGUGGGAUCCUCGCUGGACCCGAUGCGGACGACGACGACGACGAGAAGCCAGCGUGGGACGAUGCGUUCGGCGACGAGUACAUGGACGAGGACGACGAGGACGACUCGGCCGACCCCGAGGAUGCGGCGUAUGCCAACGAGGGCGAGUGGGAUGGACAGGAGGCUUGGGAGGAAGAUGAAGAGGAGAACUGGGACGGCCCGAUCGACAUGGACGCGGACUUUAUCGCCCUUGACAAGCCGAAGAAGACCAACAAGAAGGACCGGAAGAAGCGCAAGGCUGAGCCCGAUGAGGAGGAGGAAGAGCUGAGCGUGAUGGAGCGUGCAGAGCGUAUGAAGGCGGCUGCGGACGAGAUGCGUGACCUCGACCACGAGGACGAGGUAGGCGGUCUCCGCACGCGGUUCAAGUACACCCGCACUGCGCCGCAGGGCUUUGGCCUGACUACUGCCGAGAUCCUCAUGUCCACCGACGCCGAAUUGAACGGCCUCGUGAGCUUCAAGCACAUGCAGCCGUAUCGGCGUGGCGGGCUUGGCCGCGCAGGUGUAGGUCUGGGCCGGAGGGUCCGUGACCUGAAGGUCCAGCUCUCCCGGCGGCGAUGGGGUGAAGAGGGUGAGCGUAGCGAACGUAGCGAAACCCAAUCGAUGCGUAUCGAGCGCCACGGACCUGGUGGCGCCAAUGCCCAGCCUCUCGGACAGCGAAAGACGGACGAGGGCGGACGACCGGGUAAGCGCCUCGGCAAGAAGGAGCGGAUGAAGCGCAAGGCUGCCGAGUCGGCAGACGUGGCAGAAGCGCCCCAGGAGGAACCCAGCGCGAAAAAGCGUAAGGUUGAGGAACCGCCUGCGCUCCCACCCGGCGUGGAGCUGGCGGAGGGUGCUGGGGAGGGCAAGAAGCGCCGGAGGAAGAAGAAGAAGGCCGCGGAGUAG